AUGCAGAGAGGUAAUAUGAUUUGCUUUAGGCCAGAGUGGUAAAAACUAGGUUACAGUCAGAGAGUCCAUCUUGGAGACUCUUGGGUUUAGUUAUUACUGGAUAUUUCCCUUUUAAAAGGUUAUGAAUUUCUGAAAUGAUUGUCUUUGGUUGGUUUGUUUGUUUAUUUUUUAUUUCAGAAGGUUGAGACCAAAGAGGAAUUUGUUAAAGUUAGAAGAAGGGAUUUGGAAAGACUGACAACUGAGGUUAUGCAAUUGCAAGAUUUCUUACCCAAAAUAGUAAAUGGGGAUAUCCUGGGGACAUUCCAGAAACUGGAUGCUAUUGAAUCAAACAUGGAGAAAAAGGAGGAGGAAAUAGAGCAGCUGAAAAUGGAUUGUGAACACUUCAGAGCCCGUCUGGAAACAGCCCAGGCAGAUUGCAUGAGAGAGAAGAAGGAGAAACUAGACCUCCGCCAGCAGCUGAAUGAGGCCAAGCAGCAGCUCCUGCAGCAAGCAGAGUACUGCACAGAAAUGGGUGCAGCGGUGUGCACGUUGUUGUGGGGUGUAUCUAGCAAUGAGGAAGCUGUUAAAACCAUUCUAGGAGGAAGUAAAGCAGUAAAGUUUUUUACAAUCACUGCACAGACCAUGGAGAGCUUUGUGAAGUCAUUAAGCGAAGACACGAAACAGCAGGAUUUGGAUUCUGAUGAAAAUCAGUUUGUAUUAGCUUUGGCAGGGAUUGUAACAAAUGUGGCUGCACUGGCAUGUGGCCGUGAGUUCUUGGUUACUUCAAGUCGUGAAUUACUGGACACGAUGAUGCAUCUCCUGGGAGACUUGAAGCCGGGACUCUGUAACAAAUUUAAAGU